AUCCUGGCUGCUUGGCGAAGAAGAAUAGAAGAAGCACCAGCUGAUCACAGUUGACAUAAAGAGAUAAUAAGUAAUAACUUCCUUCCCACGCAUCAAAAAUUACCAAACAACAAAAAAAGUCAAGGCUGAAGACCAAGAAAAGAAGUUCAGAACAGAGAGAGAGAGAAUGGAGAGCGAAUUGGUGAGACUGUGCAUUGAAGCGGCGUGCGAGAACCGAGAGAGCGUAGAGAAAUGGCGGAGGCAGAGGCGGAGUUUAGAGCGAUUGCCAUCUCACCUCGCCGACGCUCUUCUCCGCCACCUCAUCCACCGUCGUCUCCUCUUUCCUUCAUUACUAGAAGUUUUCAAACAUAGUGUGGAGAAGAUUGAUCUCGGAGGUGAGAACUCUGUGGAUGCCGAAUGGAUGGCAUAUUUAGGAGCGUUUCGUUACUUGCGCUCUUUGAAUGUUGCGGAUUGCCAUAAAGUUACUAGUUCAGCUCUUUGGCCUAUUACAGGGAUGACUGGUUUAAAGGAGUUGGACCUUUCUAGAUGCAUGAAGGUUACUGAUGCUGGCAUUAGGCAUAUUAUAUCCAUUUCAACGUUGGAAAAGUUGUACGUAUCAGAAACAGGUCUCACCACAAAUGGAGUAACACUUAUCUCUUCACUUAAAAACUUGUCUCUCUUGGACUUGGGUGGUUUACCAGUGACUGAUCAGGCACUGAGUUCACUUCAGGUACUUACAGAACUACAGUACCUUGACAUUUGGGGAAGUGAAGUAUCGAACAAAGGUGCUGCUGUUCUCCAAAAGUUCUCUAAGCUGAGUUUCCUUAAUCUAACUUGGACAAAUGUCACAAAGUUGCCAAAUUUGCCAUCUCUCAAAUGCCUACACAUGAGUAACUGUACCAUUAGCUCUUUACUUGAAGGAGAUGGGGGUAAACCUCCAUUAAAAAAGCUUAUUUUCUCUGGAGCUAAAUUCGAAAAUGAGGCUGAGGCCUUAAUGCAUAUUGAAACGAGUUUUCUGUCCUUUUUGGAUGCAUCCAACUCUUCUCUUCAAAGAUUCUGCUUCCUACCUAAUAUGGAAGCACUGAAACAUUUGGAUCUCAGCUCGAGCAUUAUGGGAGAUGAUUUAGUCAAACAUGUUGCAUGUAUAGGAGCAAAUUUGAGAAAUCUAAAUCUCAGCAAGACAAGAGUCAGCUCUGCUGGAGUUGGGAUUUUAGCUGGACAUCUUCCCAAUCUCGAAAUUCUGUCACUAUCUUACACACCAAUUGAUGAUGUUGCUGUCUCAUAUAUCAGCAUGAUGCCUUUGUUGAGGGUUGUUGACUUAAGCAAUACCAAUGUUAAAGGUUUCAUUCACCAGGAAGGUGCUGAGCCAGACUUUUUUCUCUCACUGAAAGCACUUGAAAGUCUCAAUCAUUUGGAAAGGUUGAAUUUGGAGCAGACUCAUGUCAGGGAUGCAGCUCUUAAACCUUUAUCAAGCUUCCAAGAGUUGAGAGACUUGUCUCUUGGAAGUGCUUCCCUUACAGAUGUCUCCCUGCACUACCUGUCAUCUCUCCCAAAGCUGACAAACCUUAGCAUUCAUGAUGCUGUGUUGUCAAACAAUGGGCUCUAUUUAUUCAAUCCCUCAGCGACUCUAAAAAAGAUGGAUCUGUACGGUUGUUGGCUCUUGACUGAGGAUGCUAUUUUGUCAUUCUGUAAAAAAUAUCCUCAAACUGAAGUAAGGCAUGAACUUGUACAUAAUUUGCCAUCAAACCCAAAUGGCUCUACGAGUCCAUCUCCAUCACGAUUAACAUCAAGGACCUUGCUGGUGAACCAGAAGCAGGGGAAUAUAAGCAUAUCUCCAAGUUUUGUAGAUCAAAGGUUGAAGUAUGACAGAGAGGAGCUACUAGCACUGCGAUAUUCUUCUUUGUCUCUUGCAAUUCCUCUUGAUAGAGGCAGUACAACUUCCCAGUUGCUAAUGAAUCAAAGCUCUUCCAUGUCGUAAUUUACUGAUAUUAUUUCCAUAAUCAUAGCUGUUGCUCUCCUCCAUCUGUUACCAUGGAAAAUGAAAUUGAAGUGGAUAACAGUAAUGGCUCUAACAAAGCCUCUUCCUUCAAAUGUAUUCCCCUGGAGCUAAAACUGUCCAUUGUGUCUGAUCAAAAGGUCCAGACCUGGGAGAGCUAGAACUUAAUUGAAAUAGUCUUUACCAUUGAUUGGAGAAGUUCAACAUGUUGGUGUGGUCCCUAUGGUUUAACAAGAAUAAAUGGAAGAUUGGUAAGCAAAAAAAAUACUGCUUGUGAAAGUAGCUGAAGCAGCUCUGAACCUUCUCUAAGAAUACCAAGAGGUUCAACACAACAGUGAUCCCAAAGUGCUCACUCUGAGAACAUUGGCAAGCUCUCCAAGCCGGUACCUACAAUAAAUUUUGACGGUUCCAUUUUCAACAACAUAACUACAUCUAGGCACAAUCAUCUGAAGUGAGGGCGAUGAAAGGUCAUGGCAUUAGCAAGCAAGAAAGACAAUCCAGUUCAGAAUUCAAAGAUAGUGGAAACAAUGGCAGCCCUUCAAGCAGUUAUAUUCGCACAAGAAGUUGGCUUCGAAGACAGUGUUGGAAGGAGAUUCUCAUAUGAUCAUUUGAGCACUGCAAGAGGAGGCUCCAUACACUUCACCACAGAGCCAUUUGAUAGGGCUUACAAAACAAAGGCUUUUCCGGAGCUAGUUGCUAUGAGCUAUGAGUUAUCCCAUGUGAAACGUGAUGCGAAUAUGGCUGCCCAUCAUCUGGCUCGGCAUGCAUGCAAUGUAUAUGAGCCGAGUGUCUGGCUGGAGGAAGCAGCAAGCUUCCUCUCAGCAAGCCUCCAAAAUGAUGUAUUUGAAUUCUAAUGCAUGGAAGUUUCGCUUUAAAAAAAAUCAUUAUUUAUACGAGUACGUUUCUAUCAAUUCCUACAA